UAUUGAUUGUGUAUUAUUCGGAGAAAAGCGUGUAUGUGAUUUCGUGUGCUCUGGUAAACGUGAAAGCGGGAAUUGUUUUACAGAAAAUGACAAGAGGGAAUACUGAACUAGGAGACAUCACUCCCCACAACAUCAAGCAACUGAAACUCCUGAAUCAGGUGGUCUUUCCUGUUACGUAUAAUGAUAAAUUCUACAAAGACGUCUUGGAGGUGGGGGAGUUAGCCAAACUUGCGUACUUCAAUGACAUCGUGGUGGGGGCAGUGUGUUGUCGUGUGGAUACGUCAGAUCAACAUCGACGACUCUACAUCAUGACACUGGGCUGUUUGGCACCGUACAGAAGAUUAGGCAUCGGUACUACAAUGGUAGAGCACGUUCUCAAGAUCUGUGAAGAGGAUAACAAUUUUGAUAAUGUGUUUUUACAUGUUCAAGUCAACAAUGAAGGUGCAAUAAAAUUCUACGAGAAGUUCGGAUUUGAGAUUGUAGAAGAAAAGAAGAAUUACUAUAAACGGAUAGAACCGGCAGACGCUUAUGUGUUGCAAAAAUCAUUCCGCAUAAAAGAUAAAACAGACAGUAAAGAACAAAAUGAAGAACACUGAAGCAGGUUAAAAAACAUUUCUUACUCAAUUUUUUUCUAAAGCAAGUCUUUGAAAGAGAACUAUGUGAUGUAAAGAAUCUUUUCUGUCCUAUAAAGCAGUUUCAACAGGAACUAUGAAUACCAAUUGUCAUCAAACUAGUAAAACUGUACUCCAUUAUUUCAUCUCUUGGAAGUGAUGUCAUCAUGUAUGAGAAAUGAAAAUUGGUUUAUUUCAGUGAAAAUGUCAAGCUCCCAUUGUGUUUAUAAUGAUGGGAUGAAUUUAUAUAUGUACAUCAAUUUGUGUUUGAUAGUGUUUGUUUUGUGCAAUUUUCAAAGCACAAUUUAAACAAAAUUUUUGAGUUAAGAGAAACUGCAAGAAUUGCAGCUUGAUUUAUUGACAUCACAUAGACAUAUGAAAUGGGUAUUUCAAAAUGCAUGUUUAACACUAAUGACAUUUAUUGGUACAUGUAUUGAGUUGGAAUGUAUUGAGAGCUUUGUUAUAUAUUUUUUCCUUUUGAUGGGACAGAAAUUAUCCUAUACCACAUAAAGUUCCAAGUUAAUAUAGUUCUAUGUAAAAUGUGUCUUCUUUUUGCGCAUUUUUAACUAUACAAUAAUAACUGAAUAUCUGUAUUAAAGUACUGGUAUAGAUAUGCAUUUCGAUUAAUUAUUUUGUAAUUAAAAAAUCAUUUUUAUAAAAAAAAAACAUGUGCAGUAUAUAUAUACAUGUUUUUUUUGUGUUUUUCGUUUACCUGUAUGUACAUUUCUUUUGCCUUAACUAUGUAUGCAUUUUCGUUUUUGUUUGCCAGUAUCAAUGAACUGAUCAACAAUGAAA